AUGAUUGGAAGUGUAAAGAGUACAUUGUUUAAUGUAAGUCAAAAUCAAUGUAUAUGUCAAAUGGUUCAAUCAAAUAUAUUUGCUAUUAAUUAUUAUCAAACAAAUAAUACUUGUCAAUUAUUUAAUUACAAUGGUAGUUCGAUUUUUCUUCAGAACAAUUUCAAUUCUUCGUUUAUAUUUAUUAAUCAAUCAUCAACGUUAAUAACAAAUAUUCAAUCUUAUGUUGUUUCAUCAUCGCCAUUUGUAAUCAAUGCAUUUUGGUCUUUUGAUGGUACUUUGAAUGAUCGUGAUUCAAAUUACAAUGGUGUUCUACUUAAUAAUCCUUCUUUUUGUAGUCCAGGUAUAACUGGUUAUGGUUCAGCACUAUGUUUUAAUGCCAGUCUUAAUCAAUCGGUGUUAAUCAAUCCAUCAAUUAAUUUCAAUCUAUCCAAUCAAAGUUUUACAUUUGAAUAUUGGAUUUAUCCCUAUACAUUAGCAACUAGUAGUGGUGAUCGAGGUAUGGUGGGCCUAUGUCAAUCUCUAGCAAACAACCUAUGUUUACAUAUGACAUUAAGAGGCGCUAAUGUUCGAAUUAGUUUUUAUGGUAAUCAAUGUACUGGUGGAACAACUAUAAUAGUAAAUAAAUGGUAUCAUUUAACAUUUGUUUAUGAUUAUGUUGCAUCUACUCAACGAAUUUAUCUUAAUGGUAUUCUUGAGUGUAAUCAUUCGAGUUCUACACCUUUACAAAUAACAAAUAUAACAUAUAUUCCUCUUACAAUAGGUAUGACGUAUCCAUUAGCUCCAUUUUAUUUUGAUGGUAUUAUUGAUCAAUUAACAUUAGUAGGAUGGGUGAAGAAUGCUUCGGAUAUUCUCAAUGAUGCCACACUUGUUGCUUGGUAUAAUUUUUAUAAUAAUUCAUAUAAUGACUAUGGACCUAAUGGAAUCAAUGGAUCUGGUAUGAAUACAACAUUUGAUAAUAAUACUCUUUUCUUUAAUGGAACUCAAUCGUAUUUUCAAUCAACUGGCUUUGUUCUUCUUGGAAUUGAUAAUAGUUCGUAUUCUUUUUCUCUUUGGAUUAAUCCGUCUCAAACAAAUGCUUCAACAAUUAUACUUGCUUAUCAAAAUAGUUCCAGUUAUAGUAAAUGGUGUUCGGUAUAUUUAGGAUUUACUACGCAAGGUCAAAUUCAAGCACAAAGUCAAUCGAGUAAAGGAUUUAUAAAUGUAUUAGGUCCGUCGAUUUCAACUUAUGUAUGGACACAUAUUGCUCAAACAUUUUCUUCAACUAAUGGUAUUAGUCUUUAUAUCAAUGGAUCAUUAUUCAACAGAUCAGCAUCGACUAAUUAUCGUAGUGGUUCUGCACCGUUAACAAUAAGAUUAGGUAAUUCGUUUACUACAGUUAAUCAAACAUGUUUGAAUACAACCAGUCAAGGAGGCCAAUAUAUGGGUUGGAUGGAUGAAUUUCGCAUUUAUUCAAGAGAAUUAUCAUCUAGUGAUGUACAAACAUUAUCAUCAACAAGAUAA